AAAAGCGGAAAACAAGCAGCCUUUUAUUUUAAUUUUAAAGUUUUUUAUCCAAACGUCUCAAGGAUCAAAGAUUACAAAGAUGAUGACUGAUAAAGUACAGGAUCAGAGCAUCAUGGACAAGUCCAUGAGGUCGGUGUUUGUUGGAAAUAUACCAUACGAGGCAACGGAGGAAAAGCUGAAAGAGAUUUUCAGCGAGGUUGGGCCGGUUCUAUCUCUCAAACUUGUAUUUGACCGUGAGAGUGGCAAGCCCAAGGGAUUCGGCUUCUGCGAGUACAAGGAUCAGGAGACGGCACUAAGUGCCAUGAGAAAUCUCAAUGGCUACGAGAUCGGUGGCCGAACUUUACGUGUUGACAAUGCCUGUACGGAAAAAUCGCGCAUGGAAAUGCAACAGCUGCUCCAAGGCCCACAGGUUGAGAAUCCCUACGGCGAGCCGUGUGAGCCCGAGGAUGCGCCCGAAUUGAUAACCAAAACGGUAGCUUCGCUACCGCCGGAGCAAAUGUACGAGUUAAUGAAGCAGAUGAAGCUGUGCAUUGUCAGCAAUCCGUCGGAGGCUCGUCAAAUGCUUAUGCUGAAUCCUCAAUUGGCUUACGCCCUGCUCCAAGCCAUGGUGGUGAUGCGCAUUGUGGAUCCACAGCAGGCUUUGGGCAUGCUCUUCAAGGCAAAUCAAAUGCCUCCAGUUUUGGGUGGCAAUCCGCAUGCCAAUCCAAUGUAUCAGCAGCAAUCGCAACCUCCGCCGCAGCAGCAGCAGCCCCCAAGAGAUCCAGGUCCUGUUUCUGGACCCAACUCUGGUCCUAACUUCAAUCCCAUGCACUCUGAUAUAGACUUGCGAAUGAUGGGCCGUAACAUGGACCAGGAUAUGCGGCAAGUGAUGCCUAAUCCUGUGCCACCACCUCUAAUGGAUCCACGCACUCGUGGUCAGAUGCCACCCCAGCAACAAGGUCCUCCCCCAGGACCGGCUCCUUAUCCAAGCGAUCCCAGACAACGGCCCAUGGAUCCACGUCUUCGUGGAUCAGUUGCAGGUCCGCCGCAGCCUCAGCAGCCGCCACCACUGCCACCACAGCAAAUUCAGCCGCCAACUCAGCAACAACAGACAGCAGCUCAGCAAUUGCAGAGUCGUCUCGGUGCCCACGGAGUGCUGCCCUCCGAUGCCUCCGACCAGGAGAAAGCGGCUCUUAUUAUGCAGGUGCUGCAGUUGUCCGAUGAACAAAUCGGACAGCUGCCACCCGAGCAACGCGCUAGCAUAUUGGUCCUCAAGGAGCAGAUUGCCAAGAGCACUCAACGCUAGAAUUUCUCAUCAAACGAUUCUUUUACUUUAUUUUUGUAACCCAAUAAACAGCAAACUUGCGCAGAGA